AUGGGGGUUGGUGGGGGGUUGUGGGGGUGUUUGUUGUGGGGGGGGUGUAUUGGGGGGGUGGGGGUGGGUUGGGUGUUGGGGGGGGAUGGGGGGUUGGGGUGGGUUGGGGUUGGUUGUAGGGUGGGUUUGUGUUUUAGGUGGGGGGGGGGGUUGGUGGGGGUGGGUAGUGGGGGGGUUGUUUGGUGGGUUUAUGGUGGUUGUGGGUGUUGGGGAGGUUGGGGUGUGUGGGGUGGGGGGAUGGGGUGGGGGGGGGGUUGUGAUUAUAGGGGGGGAGUGGGGGGGGGGGGGGUGUGGGUUGUUGGGGGGGGGGGGGGGGGUUGGUGUUGGUGGUUGGGGGAUGGGAGGUGGGUGGUUGGUGGUGGGGGGUUUGUGUGGGUGGGGUGGGUGGGGGGGGGGUGUGGGGGUGGUUUGGGUGUAUGGGUGGUUGGGUUGGUGGGGAUUGUGGUGGGAUGGUUAUGGUGUUGGUUGGGUUGGGGGGGUGGUUCGAGGUGGGUGGGUGUGAGGGGUGGGUAUGGUGGAUUGGGGUUUGAGUGGGUUGUUUUGGGGUUUUGGGGUGGGUUGGUGGGGGGGUGGUUUGGGUGUUGGGGUGGGGUGGUGGGUGGGUAUGGGUGUUUUUUUGGUUGGUGGUGGGUUUUGUUUUGGUGUGGUGGGUAUGUGGGGUGUGGUGUUUUGGGGGGGGGGUGGGGUUUGGUUGUUUGGGGUGUGUUGGUUGGGGGGGGGGGUGUUGGGGGGUGUGGUUUUGGGGUGGGUUUUGGUGGGGGUGUUGUGGGGGGGGUGUGGGGGGGGUGGGUGGGUUGGGUGGGAUGUUUGGUGGUUGUGUUUGGGUGGGGGGGGGGGGGGGGGGUGGGGGGGGUUGGGUUGGGGGGGGGGGGUGGUCUGGGGGGGUGUUGGGGGGGGUGGGGGGUUGGGGGGUGUGUGGGGGGUGGGGGGGGGGGGGGGGGGGUGGGUUGGGGUGGGGUUGGUGUUGGGGGGGGGGUUUGGGGGUUGGUUGGGUGGGUGUUGGUGGGGGGGGGGUGGGGGGUGGGGGGGGAAGGGUGGGGGGGUGGGGUGGGGUGGUGGGGGUUGGGGGGUUUUUGUGGUGUUGGGUGGGUGUGUUUGUGGGGGGGGUUUUGUUGGGGGUGGGGUGGGGGGGGGGGGGGGGGUGGGUUGGGUUGGUGGUGGGUUUGGGAGGGGGGGGGGGGGUGUGGGGGGUGUGGGGGGGUGGGGGGUGUGGGGGUUGGGGUGGUGGGGGGGGGGUGUGUGGGGGGGUGGUGGGGUGGGGGUGGGGGUGGUGGGGGGGGUGGGUUGUGGGUGGGGGGUGGGGGGGUGGGGGUGGGGGUGUUUUGGUGGUGUUGUGGUGUGGUGGGGGUGGGUUGGGGAGGGGGGGUGUGGGUUUGUGUUUUGGGGUUGGUGGGGGGGGGGUGGGGGGGGGGGUGGGGUGUGGGGGGGGGUGGGGGGUGGUGGGUGGGGUUUUGGGGGUUUUGGGGGGGGGGGGUGGAGGGGGGGGUGGGUGUGGGGUGGGUUGGUUGUGUUUGGUGUGGUGGGGUGUGGGGGUUGUGGGUUGGUGGGGGGGUUUGGUGUUGUUGGUGGGGUUUGGGGGGGUUGGGGGGGGGGUGGGGUGGGGUGGUGGGGUGUGGUGGGGGGGGUGGGGGGUGGGGGGGGGUGGGGUGGGGGGGGGGGGGGUGUGGGGGGGGGUGGGGGGGGGGGGUGGGGUGGGGGGUGGGGGGGGGGGGGGGGGGGGUGGGGGGGUGGGGGGGGGGGGUGUGGUUUGGUGGUGGGGUGUGGUUGGGGGGGGGGGUGGUGGGGUUUGUGGGUGGUGGGGGUGGGGUGGGGGUGGUGGGUGGUUGUGGGGGUGUGGGGGGGUGGGGGGGGUGUGGUGUGGUGGGGUGUGUGGGGGGGGGGGGGGGGGUGGGUGGGUGGGGGGGGGGGUUGGGGGGGGGGGGGGGGGUGGGGGGGUGUGUGGUGGGGGGGGGGGGGGUGUGGGGGGUGGGUGUGGGGUUGGUGGGGGGGGGGGGGGGGUGGGGGGGGGGGGGUGGGGUUGGGGGGGUGGGGUGGUGGGGGGGGUGUGGUGGGGGGGGGGGGGGGGGGGGUGUUUGGGGGGGGGGGGGGGGUUUGGGGGGGGGGGGGGGGGGGGGGUUUGGUGUGGGGGGGGGGGAGUGUGUGGUGGUGUGGGUGUGGGGGGUGGGGGGGGUGUGGUGGUGUUUGGUGGGUGUGGGGGGGGGGGGGGGGGUGUGGGGGGGGUGGGGGGGGGGGGGGGGUGGGGGGGUGGGGGGGGGGGGUGUGGGGGUGGGGGUUGUGUGGGGGGUGGGGGUUUGUUGGGGGGGGUGGUGUGUGUGGUGUGGUGUUGGGUGGGGUGGUGGGGUGGUGUUGGUUUGUUGGGGGGUGGGGGGGGGGGGUUUGUUGGUGGGGUGGGGGGGUUGGGGGGUUAUGAUUUGUUGGGUGUGGGUGAGUGGGUGGUGGUGGGUUGGUUUAAGGGAGUUUUGGUUAUAUUUAAUAGGAUGGUUGUGGGUUGGGGUUGGGUGUUGUUGGUGGAUUGGGUGUGGGGGUGAUGGGGGGGGGGGGGGUGUGGUAUUGUUUUUGGUGGGUUGUGUUAGAUGGUGGGUUGGGUGGGGGUGGGUUUGGGGGGUGGUUAGGUGGUGUGUUGGUUUGGUUUGGGUGUGGGGUGGGUGGUUUUGUGGGUGGGUUGGGUAUUUUGGGGGGGGGGGGGGGUGGGGGGGGUUGGGGAGUGUGUGUGGGAGUUGGGGGGAGUGGGGGUGGUGGGGGGGGGGGUGGGGGUGGGGGUUGGGGGGUGGGUUGGGUGUGGUGGGGGGGGGGGUGGGGGGGGGGGGGGGGGGGGGGGGGGGGGGGGGGGGGGGGGGGGGGGGGGGGGGGGGUGGUGGGGGGGGUGUGUUGUGGGGGUUGAUGGUAGGUGGGUGUGUGGUGUGGGGGGGUUUGUUUUUUUGUUGUUUGGGGGGGGGGUGGGUUGGUGGGGUUUUUUGUGGUGGUUGUUUGUGGUUUGGUGUUGGUGGUUGGGGGUGGGGGGUUGGUUGGGGUUUUUUGUGUGGUGGGUGGUGGAUGUUUUGGUGUGGGUGGGGGGGGGGGGGUGGUUUGGGGGGGGGGGGGGGGGGUGUGGGGGGGGGGGGGGGGGGGGUGUCGGUAUGGGGUGGGGGUGUUGGUGGGUUGGGGUGUUGUGGUUUGGGUUGUUGGUGGGGUUGGGUGGUGGGUGGGGGGGGUGGUUGUUUGGGUUGGUGUUGUGGUUGGGAUUUUGGUUGGGGUUGUGGGGGGGGUGUGUGGGUGUAUGUGGUUGGGGGUGGGUGUUUUGGAGUGUGGGUGUGUGGGGUGGGUGGGGGGUGGGGUUUUUGGAGGGGUUAUGUGUGUGGGGUUUUUUGGGUUGUGGGGGGUGGGUGGUGUGGUGAUGUUGGGUGUGGUGGGUUUGAGGGGUGGUGGGUUGGGUUUGUUUUGUUGUGGGUGGGGGGGUGUGGUGGGUGGGGGGGUGGGUGUUUGAUUUUGGGUUGUUGGUGUGUUGUUUGGGAGUGUGUGGGUGUGUGGGGGGGGGGGGGGGGGGGGGGUUGGGGGUGGGGUUUUGGUAGUGUGGGGGGGUGGUGGGGGGGGGUGUUGGGGAGGAAUAUGUGGUUGGGUGGGGUAAUGGGUGUGGGGGAGGGGAAAGUGGAGGAGGGGUGUUUUGAUUGGGUUGGGGGGGGGGAUGAGGGGGGGAUAGUUGGUUUGGGGUGA